AUGUGUUCAGAUAUGAUAGUUGAUUUCAUGUUUUGGUUUGUGUACUCUGUUGUGGACAUUUCAAAGAAAUCUCCCCCGUAUCGGAAUCUCAGGUAUACUGCAGAAAACCUUGUUUUUCUCAGUUACCUUUCUUUUUUAAGUACAAGGGGAAACGCCAAAUCUAAACGCAUAUUCGUGUUAGUAUGGGUUGUUUUAACCGUUUUAUUUCAGAUCUCUAUGGUCUUUUUUUUUGCAGAUGGGUCGCCUUCCUUCUCUCCGCUUUUUUUCCCUUUAAAUUUCCCUUGUAAGCAUUACAUUGAAUGA